AUUGAUCAUUUCAUUGAAGCUCCACGAGGCCAGCAUUGAAGUCGGCUAUAUGAGUCCCCAGACUCCACAUAACCUUGUCCAAUUAGCCGAGACGUCAACACCAUCAUCCUGUUUGUACAUGCAUCUUGAGAUGCUGUGCUCCGUACACUCGUUUUGAAUUUGUAUCGAGUACUUAGUUGGAAGCAUGUGAAUCAAGCCGGUGCAUGAAUUAACUUGACAGACUCCGCCCGCCAUGUGUAGCAUCCUCAACUCCCGGAUAUGGCAAUCAAGUUGCUGGCGGGCCAGCUCGUAUAAACGAUUGCAACGGCAGAUCAUCACCAAAUCCAAGCACAGAAACUUGUCAUGCACUGCCCAUCGGCGCCUCAUGGACACGACGGGCUUCAGCGAGACGCAGCUCGCCGUCCGAGCAGCAGUCGGCCAAGUCUGCUCCCGCUUCCCCAACACAUACUGGCAAGAUCUUGAUCAAAAAGAGCAAGACCCCAAGGAUUUCCACGCCGCCCUCGCCCGCGACGGCUGGCUGGGCAUUGCCCUCCCGGAGACCCUCGGCGGAUCUGGUCUGGGCAUCUCGGAAGCCACCGUGAUGAUGCAGACGAUUACGGAGUCCGGGGCCGGCAUGGCGGGUGCGCAGGCCGUUCAUGCAAAUGUCUAUGCGACGCAGCCGUUGGCCAGGUUCGGGUCGGACGAGCAGCUGCGUGAGACAAUUCCGGGCAUCAUUUCGGGACGGUGGCGGACGUGCUUUGGCGUGACGGAGCCCAACGCCGGGUUGGACACGCUGCGACUAUCGACGACGGCUAAGCGGGAGGGCGAUGAGUAUGUUAUCUCGGGACAGAAGAUCUGGACGACGUGCGGGCAAGUGGCUUCCAAGAUGAUUCUCCUGGCACGAACUACGGCAUAUGAAGACGCUCCGAGGCCGAGUCAAGCGCUUUCGCUGUUCUGCAUCGACUUGGACCGAACGCAACCGGGCCUUUCGAUGCGCAAGAUCAAGAAGAUGGGCGGCAGGGCAGUCGAUGCCAACGAGGUCUUUUUCGACGGCUACCGGAUCCCCGCCAAUACACUCAUAGGAGAAGAAGGCCAAGGCUUCAAGAUUGUGCUUCACGGCAUGAACGCCGAACGCUGUCUCCUCGCCGGCGAAGCGCUCGGCCUAGGCUACGCGGCACUAACUCGAGCCGCGAAGUAUGCCCGCGAGCGAGUCGUCUUCCAACGACCCAUUGGCAUGAACCAAGGCGUUGCGCAUCCCCUGGCAGACUCAUACAUGCACCUCGAAGCCGCCAAGCUGGCGACGUACCACGCGGCGAGGCUAUACGACGCGAGCAAGACGGACUCUUCCAUCACGCAGGAGGUCGUGGGAGUAGCGGCGAAUAGUGCAAAGUAUCUUGCUGCGGAGGCUGCGUUUACGGCUUGUGAGAGAGCGGUGCUGGCUCAUGGCGGGAUGGGAUAUGCGGCUGAGUAUGAUGUGGAGAGGUGGUUUAGGGAGUGUCUGGUGCCGCGACUUGCGCCGGUGAGUCGGGAGAUGAUUUUGAAUUACGUUGGGGAGAAGGCAUUGGGACUACCAAAGAGCUACUGAAUUCCUUUUUUGCUAUGCACUAUCUGGCAUUGAUGUUGUUCUGAGAUGAGUACAAGUAUAAGUGAGUAGUACAAGUGCCAGGUCAGGAAACGUAGUUGAAGGCUAUGUGUAAGUGAGACGGCUAUGUAUGAUAACGAGGCCGAAUGACACAGAUUUGCGACUCCUAAACCGGGUUGAAAUAGAAGUUGCAUAAUAAGCUUAAAUGGGAAUAGACGAACACGGCAUUAUAAAAUGACUCACUCAUUUACAAGUAUAUAAAAAGGAAC